GGCGGGGGGCCGGGGAGGGAGCGCGCGCGGGGAGGGGAGGAGAACUGACGUCAGCGGGAGAGUAUUAUGGUCUGUCGUGCGCUGGCUGCUGCUUUUCUGCUCCUGGAAGCGGCCAAGGGGGGAAGCGGCGAGUCAAUAUGGAGCUCUCGGCGGUGGGGGAGCGGGUGUUCGCGGCCGAAGCCCUCCUGAAGCGGCGCAUACGGAAAGGACGCAUGGAAUAUCUCGUGAAAUGGAAGGGCUGGUCGCAGAAGUACAGCACAUGGGAGCCAGAGGAAAACAUCUUGGAUGCUCGCCUGCUUGCAGCCUUUGAGGAAAGGGAACGAGAGAUGGAGCUCUAUGGCCCCAAAAAGCGAGGACCUAAGCCCAAAACCUUCCUCCUCAAGGCCCAAGCCAAGGCAAAGGCCAAAACCUAUGAGUUCAGAAGCGACUCAGCCAGAGGCAUCCGGAUUCCCUACCCGGGCCGCUCACCCCAGGACCUGGCUUCCACUUCCCGAGCCCGAGAAGGCCUUCGGAAUAUGGGUCUGUCCCCACCUGGGAGCAGCAGUAGCACCGGUAGCACCUGUCGAGCAGACCCACCUCGGGACCGGGACCGGGAUCGGGAUCGAGAGCGUGAAAGAGAGCGAGAGCGAGAGAGGGAGCGAGAACGAGAACGAGAACGAGAAAGGGGAGCCAGCCGUGUGGACGAUAAGCCCAGCUCUCCAGGGGACAGCUCCAAGAAGCGAGGCCCCAAGCCCCGGAAGGAGCUCCUGGACCCCUCGCAGAGGCCCUUGGGAGAGCCCAGCGACGGCCUCGGAGAUUACCUCAAGGGCAGGAAACUGGAUGACAUCCCUUCCGGAGCAGGGAAAUUCCCAGCUGGCCACAGUGUGAUCCAGCUGGCCCGAAGGCAGGACUCAGACCUGGUGCAGUGUGGUGUGACCAGUCCCAGCUCCGCCGAGGCCACGGGCAAGCUGGCUGUGGACACUUUCCCGGCCAGGGUCAUAAAGCACAGGGCCACCUUCCUGGAGGCCAAAGGCCAGGGUGCCCUUGACCCUGGUGGCCCCAGGGUCCGGCAUGGCUCAAGCACCCCGGGCUCAGUGGGGAGCCUCUACCGGGACAUGGGGGCCCAAGGAGGAAGGCCCUCCCUCAUUGCCAGAAUCCCAGUGGCCAGGAUCCUGGGGGACCCAGAAGAGGAAUCCUGGAGCCCCUCCCUGACUAACCUGGAGAAGGUGGUGGUCACUGAUGUGACCUCAAACUUUUUAACGGUCACCAUUAAGGAAAGUAACACGGACCAAGGGUUUUUUAAAGAGAAAAGAUGAAUUGCUGGGUGGGUGAGCCCAGGACAAGAACAGGCGAGAGUGAGCGCAAACUUGGCAUAGUGCUUUUUAUUUCUGGGUGGGAUGUGCCUCUGGCUGCUCCUGUCCCUAACUUCACACCCCGUCAGCCCUUUUUGUUCUUCCUUCUUCCCCCUCAGUUUUGGUUGGAAAUUUAUCUCUAGAGUUAUAUUUUCUAUUAGAUGUAAAUAUGUUAUUUAAGAAAAAUAUCUAAAUAUAUAUAUUUCAACUCUUGAAGUUGUUUUAUUUAAAUAAGGAGAGAGAGAGAGAGGCAGUGUGUUUUAGUGGGAUCAGACAGGCUGACUGGGACAGGAGGGGUCCUGUCCUCCCUGGGGACCCCGGCACUGGGUCUCUGAAGGUGUCUGGAGGGACGGAGCCUGCCCACCCCUCCCCUCCUUCCUUCUCCACAUUCCCAAUGCCAGACUCCUGGCACCGGGUUUUCUCUCUCUUCCUAUUGGCCAGCCAGGCUAACAAAAGGUUGGCUCCCCAAUCAGAAAAAGAGGGUGGGUGGGGUCAGUCUGGUUUUUCUGUUUUUCUAUUCUUUUUUCUUUUUAAAGAUUAUGAAGUCUGUUGGAGGAAAAAAGUAUUAACUUGAAUAACUUUUUCCUGUGUGACGUUGAAGGUUAAAAAGU